AUGACCCUCAAGCUCAGGGCCACGGCUCGUGAUGCACAGACCUUUGCUAGGCAUAACUCGUUUCAGUGGAGGCGGUUCUUGGCCUUCACAAAGACGGAAGCUGAAAGGCUUGCCGCGAAUCACACUAGUUGGAGGGAUGUCCCUGCAGACACUGCCGCGGCGAUCCUGGAGAAUGUAAAUACACAGCUGAAGGUUGAGAAGAUCCCUGAAAUAGAUGGUGAUCUCCUUAACUGGCGCAUGUCACAGGCCCUUAGGAAGGUCCCUCACUGUUAG